CUCAAGUACCAAUUAUGCACCGCCAUUUAUCACACACGCGUCUGUGCAAUUCCAGCAGAUAGGCCCAAUCUUCGACCCUAUUUGACUUCAUUCAACUCAAAUUGAGCCGAUAUUAGUGUAAAAUCUUCAUCGGACCGAAUAAUUCAAGGGAUGGCCGGCCAAUCUGAUCCAAAUGUUUCUAUAUUUUCCGGAGAAGAGGUUGAGUUUAUGGCUGAAGAUGAAAUGGUGGAGAUCGUCCCCAAUAUGAGAAUGGAGCCUCUCAAUAUGCUCUGUGGAGAUUUUGGUCCAUUCUACCCACAAAUGGCUACCCAAGUACCGAUGUGGCUGGCAAUUGCUCUGAAGAAGAGAGGGAAAUGUACAAUUCGACCCCCAGAGUGGAUGUCCGUCGAAAACUUGACUCAGAUUUUGGAAGCGGAGCGGGAGUCUCAGGCAGCAUUUCAAGUCCUGCCUUUCCAUUAUGUUGAAAUCUCAAGCCUUCUUUUUGAUUAUGCAUCUGGUGACAUUCCUGACCUAUAUAUGGUGAGAUCUCUUAUUAAUGACAUAAGGGAUGCGAGGUUUCUUAAGGUCGAAAGUAGUUUAGAAUCGUUCGAGGAUGCUCGCUCUUCUGCAGUGAAGGUCAAAAAUCUAUCUGCAAUGGAAGUGAAUGUUGUUCGCCCAUUUGAGGCCUUUUAUAAGCAUGGCAGUCCAGAUUUGGUUCCAAAUCCAGAGGCAAUGUCUGCCAGACGGCCACAAGCAACUGAUAACAUACAAAGACGCCCGCUGCGGAGACGGUAAAAGCUUUCAUGGUGACAACAGGUACCUUUGAAUUCAGCCAGAAACACUAAUUUCAGUACGCUCACAAGGAAAGUAGUUCUUCUUUCCUUGAAAACCAUUUUUAGUAGAAUCCUUGUAGUUAUUUAAUCUUUUCUGUUGAACUGUCACAGAGUAAUGUCAUCUUGUUACAUUUAAUAAAACAUUUUUCUAAUACAGAGUUACUUCUUCUGUUGGUCUAA